GAGCCAGGAAUCCAGUGUGACACAUCUGCCAGAAGAUGGCAGCCUCCGCCACAUGGUUAAAUAAAUAAAUAAGCAUGGGAUUUUUUUUUUGUUUUUUGUUUUUGCAACGAAGGGAAACUGGAAAAAAAAAUCCUGGGAUUGGACUGUAAACAAGAAGCAUGAGAGAGUCCAGAGACGGAUCCUGCUGUGGACCGACACGGAGAAGGACACGCAGCACGACGCUGGUCCAGGGCGUUGAUGUUCAGUCCAGCCAGCGCUCGCUGGGGAAAAGGAAGCAGGCUACACUGAAUUCUGCGAGUAAGAGAGAAGAGGCAAAGCACAAUAAACCAUACAGAGGACUGCGGAAAGUCUGCCAAAUCUGAGAGCAUUGUCCUCCACUGCUCAACCUUCAUAGAUUAAGGUGGACAUUUCAAAUCUCCCUUUCUAUGACCACCCAGGAGAAGCGAUGGAGGAUUAAAUCACAUGCUCCGUCACGGGUGAUAACAAACCGAACCUGCCUCAUUCUCCAGUGCUCGAGAGACCCUUGAAUCUUUUCUUGGAGCUUAGAGCAGCACAGACGUUCCCAAGUCAUUUUCUUAUCAUACUCAAAGGAAGUGCACAGAUAGCAGUAGGAAACAGUUCAUGUUUUUCAAGUGAGGGGCACCAAAACACGAGAGCCAGCCACGGCCCACUGGUGGGUCUCAGAAAAGCUUUUGGGGAACGUCGACUUGGAAGACAAGAUUGCUGCAGUGACGGAGGUGAUGGGUAACAAGAACGCCAUCCCGCCAAAAGAUCCCGACACUGGGACAACGCGGGAGGAGGAAGGGGUGUCACACAUCAACAGUGUCACAGGAAGCGUCUCCAGAGAUGAACUGCCGGGCCCCAGCCCAGAGCUGCUGGCCUCCCUACAGUCCCUCAGAGAAAACAGUGACUACACACUGCUGCCACACAGCCUGCACCAGAUCGCAGAAGCCUACUCGCUCAAAGAGGACUACCAGUGGGCCAUCCAGUUCCUCCAGCUGGAGAAGCUCUACCACCAACGUCUGCUCUCCAACCUCGCCGCCCUGCAGGAUAACUGGGAGAGCCAGUGGAAAGAGAAGAAGAACGAUGAAAGCAGUUUGCCCACUGAGACAGACGGCAUCAGUCAGAAACACAUCGAGACCCUGAGCCAGAUCUGCAGGACACACCUCAGACCAUCCAUCAGUGUGGAACAAAACAUGCAGAAUGCAACACUGACAGACACUCCGAGCACGAAUGAGAAUCUACAGCCCUGUCAUGACAAAGUCAACAAGCCUGAAACAACACAACAAGAUGAGGAACAAGAGCAAAGCAUGGACUCAGAGCCAGAGCUUCCCUUAGCACAGACAGGCCCUCAGGAGGAACGGGGGGAGGAGGAGGAAAGAGAAGAAGAAGAAGAGACGUAUGAGGACGGACAGGAAGUAGAAGAAGAGGAGGAGGAGGAGCCAUGUGAGGAGACGCCGGAGGAGGAGGUGAAGGUGGAGUGGCCAACAGGAGUCCCCCAGGCUUCAGACAAGGACCUGGCCAAGCUGUCCCACACAGAGGGGAGUUCCUCCCCAGAGGGUCUGGUCUCCAUUCUGAAGAGGAGGAGAGCAUCGCUGGAUGGACUGCCUCCCCCGAGCGACAUUGUUACUAAACAGAACUCCAAACGCAAAGUCCGUUUCAGUGAGCCAGAGGACGGCCUUGAACAAGAUGAGGUAGGUGGGGAUUCCUGCCUGAUCCUGCUGCUGCUGUGUCUGGUUACCGUGGUGAUCAGCAUAGGCGGGACCGCCCUCUACUGCACCCUGGUGGGCACCUACUCCAACAUUUGCACCGACUUCACUCACAACGUCGACUUCUACGUCCUGAGCGUACGGAGGUUCUUUGAAGGGCUCGGACACUGGCUGCCCCUCCGGACUUAAGACGCUUUCAGCUGCAAUCCAGACGGAAGCUAUACUCCAGAUACUUGUUCUUUAACGGACAGAGUAAAUCUCUGUCUAAUCUACAGUUAGGAGACAACUUAACAGGCAUGGGAUGCACAAGCAUUACUCUGAUGCUGCCAUCCAGUGUUUAAAGCUUUGAUUUCAUCUACAGUGACUGGACUUGUGUCUAAGACGUAUGAAUUUGAGCUAUCAGCCUUAGACGUCUGUAUAACUAAUGGGUGCUCAAAGCAACAUCGAAACAGAGAAGAACUUUCACAAGUAUGUAUGUUAUGGGAUGAGUUUAAAAACCUCCCGUUUGCUACUGUUUUGUGUGGAAACUUCAUCUUAAGCUGAACCUUAAAGAUACCACACAAGAGGGCUCACAACUCUUAACAAUAUUUAUAUUUAACAAGAGAAGUUUAUGUGUGUAGAAGUGUUUCCCUUACAUUUGUAGCUAUUGUAGCUGUGUACACAUUUGCAUAAGUAUUAUUGUAUAAGUCAAUAUAUAUAUAUUUUGACUUAUACAAUAAGUCUUCAAGGGCUCAUAUUAUGCUUUUUGGCUUUUUCCUUUCUUUUAUUGUGGUAUAUAUCUUUUUUGUGCAGAUUUACAAAGUGAAAAAAACUUAAUGUCCCCCCCCCCAAAGGGACUUACCAUCUCCAACCGAAAACACUGUUCACAAACUGCUCCAAACAGCUCUAUUGUAGUCCAGCCUUUACUUCUGUGACAAAUGUGCGUCACUUUGUAACACAGGUUAUAAUGUUCACCUUGCUGCUAGCGUGGUACGCCCUCAUACUCUGCUUCUGACUGGCUAGUAGUCCUUACCUAGCUACUGUGCAUGUGUGACUCCCAACAAAGAUGGAACAGACUGUAGCUGUAGACUCUGUAGCUAAAACAGAGAGCUCAACACACAGGGUGAAAAGAGGUGCAGCAGCAAUGUCCAGUACAACAAAAGGAUUUGGGGAAAAUUAACCCAUAUAAACCUGAUAUAACCUCUAAAUACAAUUAUGAACCUGACAAUGAGCAUAAUAUGAGCACUUUUACAAUCAUUAAGAUCGUACGUGUGUGUGUGUGUUAUUUUUUAGAAUGAUUAAUGGGCAUGAAAAGGAUGUUUAAAUUCAUGUUACCAUUAUCUUUUCCUGUCAAUUCUCUGUUAAAAUAACAUAUUAUAAGGCUGUACAUUUUAUCAGACACAUUAUACAGCACAACGACAAAUGUUCAUAUUAUUUUUGAAAAACUCUGAUUGCGGUUACAGAUUAGCCUUUAUGAUCUUUCACUGAAAAAAACAUAAUUUCAUAACUGUGCGUUUACCUCAAUACAAGGGGUUACCCUUAACAUUCCUGUUAUUAUUUUAAUAUGACCAAUUCAUAGAGAAGCAUUGUGCUGUAUGCCGUACUGGUAAACUGACAUGAUCGUAAGCAGUGUGCAAUACAGUAAUUUCACUCUUUAUAAUUAGUAAUUAGUUAAUGUUUAGGCCACAUAGCCGCAUAGUUGCUUCUGCCGCUGUAAGGAAAAAAAAUGAUGUUCAUACCCGGGUGAUAGUGGGUAUUAAUCCAAGAAAAAAACUCAGAAUUUCUAAGUGGUAAAUGUGGAUUUGGAAUUAUUUACUACUUUGGAUCCAGUGGUCCUGAUGGGACCCUUUGGCGGGCCGGUUCUGGGUCACGGGCCGUAUGUUUGACACCCCUGAUUGAACUCCACAAACUCAGGCACUUACGCUGUGUUUAUACUUUUGGUGCUCAAUGUUUUCAUGUAACCCCGUUAGCGUGUAACCCUAAAACUCCUGUUCUACAUGUGGAUUCAUCAUCAUAUCGAUCUGCAGUACACUGUGUACACACAGCUGCAUCAUGAGAGUAAAACCCCAAUGCGGACAGAAAAUACUUUUGGAUUGUGUGUGACACCAGGCAAAAAAUAUAAUUGGUUUAAAAACAAAAAUAAAGUACAUUACUAUUGUGAA